GUCUCUGCGAGGUUCCGAGAAUCGUCAGAGUGAAAAAGAAGAAAGAGGCGUAUCUACUGAUGGUGAAUACAGAUAAUGUCACGCCUCAAGACGUUCAUUGGCUGUCUGCACCUGGUGUGCACGCUGCUCACGCGCCACCUGUCCAUGGCCUCUCAAUGUCCGUGGGAACAGACUGGUUUACUAAGAUGGAGCGACAGUGCAACGUGGCCAUUGGGACAGAAGCCUGGAGAAAACGCAGAGGUGUCCGUGAGAAAGAGGCUGCUACUAGAUGAAAGUCCUCCCAGGCUGGCCAAUCUCACGGUGGACGCCGGUGGCGCCCUCAUUUGGGACAAUGUGGACGACAUCCUACUUCAAGCUUCUUACAUACGUGUUAUUGGAGAGUUCCACAUGGGCAGUCAAAGCUGCCCUCUCAACAGAAGGGCAACCAUCAGCCUAUACGGCAACUCCAUUUCAAAGUACGAGGACACCUGGCUCGGCAGAAAGUUCCUUGGCGUGCGGAGUGGGGGUGUGAUGGAGCUGCAUGGCAAACCCAAGACAUCCUGGACAAGACUAGCACACACAGUCCCAGCCUUGUCCUCCGCCAGCUGUGGCUUCGUCUACAGUCAUUCGACUUCACCAUACGCGGCUGAAAACAAAGUUGGUUUAUUUGUGACAUCAUGGUACCCCGAUGGCGCUGUAUUUGAUUUUGGAUCUUUCGACGCCAGCACGUGGAUGGAUCUCCCAACAUUUCUAGAAAAAAUGCCGCAGGGUUGUGUCCUGGCGGCCAGUGUGCGCAGCAGCCUGGGAGUUGGCAGUGAAGCGCUGUUCACUAGCCUGGAACGCCUCGGUGCUCAGCAAGUCAGGAAUAUCGGACUCGGCGAUUCAUAUGCCUUUAUAGCUCGCAUGGGUGACAAGACCACGGCGCUAGAAAGACUGGCCUCAGGAACUCAGUCUCCCGACACCGAGUAUCUUCACCUCUCAGUUGCGGAGAGUAACUUGACCUUUAGUGUCAGGUCAAGUGGUACCAAUGUUGAUUUUCGCGUACUGACGAGCGACCUGGCCUUUCCUGUCAUCUCACUGGACAACGACGUGUCGAGCUGGGAACCAGGGGAUGAGGUGGUGAUUACCUCCACGGACUACGACUGGGAACAGGUCGAAGUUCGGCGCAUCUUGCCUUGCAGUACUUGCAGCAAGAAUCAAAUUCGAUUGGAUGGAGCACUUGACAACAUGCACUAUGGCGAAGUGUCUCAGAAUGUAGACAUGCGCGCUGAGGUCGGUCUUCUGACACGCAACAUCAAGAUCCAGGGCAUCAUGGAACCGCAAUGUUACAACUUCACAGACUACGAAUAUCUUUUGUGUCAAGCAUUUCAGAAAGACACAUUUGGAGGACAAAUAAAGGCUUUAAGGGGGUCAACAAUUCAUGUAGAAGGCGUUGAACUCUAUCACAUGGGGCAGCAAGCUUCCGUAGGUGCCUAUCCUCUGCACUUCCACAUGAUGGUCGAGGCUAGAGGGAUGUGGUUCCGAAACAACUCUAUUCACCAUAGCUUCUCCCGAUGUGUCACUGUUCAUGGCUCACACAAUACAGAGGUGAGCGACCAUGUCUGUUAUGAUCACCUGGGCCACGGCUAUUUUCUAGAAGAUGCAGUGGAGCAGAACACCACGAUGUAUAGAAACUUGGGCGUGGGCACUCGCUACGGGAUGUUGACACCUGGGGAUCGCACUGUCGAUAUGUGCAAGAACCUCUUAAAGAUACCUGAGAUUUUCUGCAAUGAUGUGUCCACAUUCUGGCUGACUCACCCCAACAACAACAUCAUCAACAACGUGGCUGCUGGCUCUGACGGCCAUGGCUACGGCAUGAUCUUCGCAGACCGACCUUUGACCUUGUCAGCCAAAGUGCCUGAAUUAGUGGCUUCAGCACCUCCAUAUUCGUCGCAAUACUUCCCCCUCACAAGAUUUUAUGGAAACGUCGCUCAUUCUAACUCACUGGACGGACUGUUCUUUGACAGCAAAAUUGCAAGUGGAGGCGAGAACUAUCAGGGAGAUGUGGCGCCGCCUAACGCGUCAUUCCAACUGCCAACGACUACGAUCCCCGAAGUCCUCCCAACGCCAACGGGUCACGUGUCUGGACUCAGAUGGAAAGGCUGACGAUGUACAAAAACAGAAAACACAACAUGUGGCUGAAGGCUGGAAACAUUCGAGUGGUUAAAUCCUCAUUUGCAGAUUCUCCACAGAGCUUUGCCGGCGGGAACACGGGGACUGACACAGGGUCUGAGGUCAGCGACAGUGUGUUCAUUGGACAGUCUGACAACAGAGGCCAGCCACAGCUGUUUGUUGAUCAAGCGAGAUGUUCAGUAAUUUGAUCGAGAAGCCCUCUGUGCUGCUCAACACUUCAUUCGCCAGCAGUCCCUAUGAAACUGUCUCGGGCGUAUCCAUGUACCAGGGCCCAAUGUUUGUGAAGAACUGCUUCUUUGACCGCUUUUCCCAUCAGUGGUGGGCAGACCAGUGGGUGGACAAAUACGGCUCCACCCGGCCAGUGAUGCCAAAGGGUGCCAUUAGUUUCAAGAGAAGUAAUAUUACCCAUCGGUGCCCUAUAUGUACACCCAGAUAUCAAGUUUGGCUUCUGCGACAACGUCAACGACGGCAACUGGGUGUUUCGGGGCAACUCCUCUGUGUACGAGUGGACAGAUGACGACGGCAACUUACAGGCGACCUUCAGGGACAUGGACGGCUCUGUGACCGGCCAGGCCAACACUCAGAUUGUACCCAACACCCCGUUUUUCACCGGCGACAAGUGCAACACAGUUGACUACCCGAACUGGAACAUGGCUGCGUGUCCUUACAAAUAUGUGCAGAUGGAGAUUAUUGGAAGUGACGGUGUCCUUACCAGAACCAACAAAGUCAAGAGUCCUCUCAUCCUUAUCCGGAUGACCAGCCUACCUACCGACAUGUCAUCCAAGGUACUAACAGGAACACGUUCCUGCUGCGCACUAACAUGUCC